CUCUCCGGAGAGAUAGGAUGCUUCCUCGUGUUGCCAUGGUGACGAGGCAUCCUCCGGUUGCCAUGGUGACGUGGUCCAGCUCGAGUUUGGCAACCAUGGAGCAUCCUGCAUCCUCACCUUGCUCUGAGGCGGCAACAAAAGCCUUUGAGCACCUGCGGGGAGUAGAAAAACAGCUUCAAAAUGAAGGACUUGUAUUCAACAAGGAAACUGUGCAGCACCUUGGAGAUGCCAUUAAAGCCAUUAAGGACCUGGAAGAAGAAAGAAAACAUACAAUUGACUUGUGGGAAGAGGAGACCAUAAAAAACUGCAAUCUCCGUAUCAGAAUCAAAGGAGUUCCAGAGAUUGUCAUGAAAGAGUUCAAAGAACUUGUGGCUGCUGCCCGUCGAUUUCAUACUUACAGAUUAGGUGAACUGAAGACUGCCAUUAGCGAAACCAUCACUGCAGUGGAAUCAACAUAUACAAGGCAGAAAGUCUCUGAAGAAGAAAAUGUGACAUUACGUGAGGAGGAAGCGGAGCUGUGGGCCAAGCACCAAGAUGUGAUUUCAUUGGUGAACCGGCGGUUGUCACAAAAACUUACGACCAAUAUUGAGUUAAACCACCUUUACAACCUCCGAAAAGAAGAAGAGGAAGAAACUGUCAGACGAGAGAGUGCCAUCGCAGAACUGCAGAAAUUAAUGGUGGCCGAAGCCACUGAAUUUAAAGAGAAAAAGGGAGCGCUAGAUACACGGAUUGCAGAUCUUCAAAAGCUACUUGAUAUCAAGAGGGAAGAAUAUGCAAACAAAAGGGAUGAAUAUCACCAAUUGCUUCCACAACUGGACAACCUUAAGAAGAAAAUUGCAGAGCGUAAACAGAUCAUCAGUGAUUUGAGGGCUGAGCUGGGACAGCUUUUCAAAAGAGUUAAAUCUCAAAUACAUGUAUUUGAGCAGAACAAGGCUAAAAAAGAAGAACUCCUCCAAAAGAAGGUGGAUCUUAAGAUCAGAGCAGCUUCAUUGCAUGGCGUCUUCAGCCAAGAAAAAGAAGAUCUGCUACAGAAGAUACUGCUGGCUGAGGAGCAGCUGGACCUGGCAAAGCGAUGCUAUGAAAAGCUGAAAAACGAACAUGAACUCUAUAGUGAACAAUUAGAAGCAUAUGUCAAAGAAGAAGAAUAUUACCGUCAGGAAAGAGACAAGCUUAAUGAAGACCUUGAACAUUUAUCCAACAUGCUCACUGAGAAGCUCGACGGUAUAGCCUGGCGGUACAUGGAGACAAGAACUAUAGAAGAAGAGAUAGAAAGACUACAGGAAGUCUAUGAAUCGUCACAGAAUACCUAUGCAAAUGAGAUAUCAAAUCUGGAGAUGACAUUACAGAAAGAAGGAGAGAGAAGGGAAAAGUUGCAGAAUCAACUAGAAGAAAUUAAUGCACUGUAUCAGAAGCUGAUAGCUCAACAUGAGGAAUUACUGAAAAGUUCAAAGGAGGAUGGUGGAGCUGCAAAAGAACAGCUGAGUUUCUUAACUUCGCAGAAUGAAGAACUCGACAAAGAAAUAAAGAAGUAUGAAGAAGAGAUGAAUCAUCUCGCUGCCAAGCUAAAGAAAAAACAAGCGGAUUAUAAGAAACGUGAUGCCAACUUGGAGGCAGAGAUCCAGAAACUUGAGGAAUUAUAUCACUCUAAACUGAAACAGAUGCUAGAAAUGAAAGAAGAGCUACAAGAGAAGCUCCCGGUGGCAGAGGAACUGGCAAUCGAAUGUGAGAGAAGAAACACUGUUUACACUACUCAAAAGGAUUUGUGUAAAGAAUUGCAAGACGAAGAACGCAUGCUAAAAAAGGCCAUUGAGCAUUCCAUACAGGAGAUCAGCAAACUCAAACGACAAAAGUUUCAGGCAAAGAAUGAAAUCAAGAAGAACAGGGAGAUGACAAUUGUACAGCAAAAACAGUUCUCAAUCUCUCUAAAGUAUAUUGAGAGAGACAACUAUGAGGUGGACAGACAGCUCUACCUUUUGCAUGGAGAAAAUGCCAGAUUAAGAGCAGGCAUUGCAUAUUUCAAAGAAGAUAUUUCCACAAUGGAAAAGGAGAUAAAAGUCUAUCAGUCAGAGAGACAAAACAUCUAUAAAAAUAGAAGAGAACUUUAUGAUCAUUUCAUCAAAAAAUGGAUAAAAGAUGAGAACCUUAAUAAGAUGUUUUGUAAUUAUCAAAAUGACAUCUUGAAAAUUUUGGGAGACUAUAUCAAAAGAAACAGAAGACGAAAUGACAAGCUUGACAGCAUUCAUGAUGGGCUACGGCUAAAUUGUGAUGAAAUGGAGUGUAUGCUGCUAAGUAAAUCACCAACUGAAUCUGAAAAGGAAUGACAAGACUGCAAGGAUUAUGGCUGAAAUGAGAAUACUGGAACUUUAUUGGUCUACACAUUCUUGUUUAAUAAUAUGACAAAAUACUGUAUAGUGAAAUAAAUAAAAUUGUAUUUCCAA